CGUUAAGAUUCAUUGUUGUAAAAGUUUACCUGCUUACUAUCCCACCAUAUCUAAUCUAUGCUUAAGCUUUUCCUUUAUAUAUGCAAAUCUUCAAAUAAAAAAAUAACAAGCCUAGAACACUAGAAACUUCAAAAAAGAAAAAAAUCUUAUGGAGAACAACAACGGCAACAACCAGCUGCCACCGAAAGGUAACGAGCAACUGAAGAGUUUCUGGUCAAAAGAGAUGGAAGGUAACUUAGAUUUCAAAAAUCACGACCUUCCUAUAACUCGUAUCAAGAAGAUUAUGAAGUAUGAUCCGGAUGUGACUAUGAUAGCUAGUGAGGCUCCAAUCCUCCUCUCGAAAGCAUGUGAGAUGUUUAUCAUGGAUCUCACGAUGCGUUCGUGGCUCCAUGCUCAGGAAAGCAAACGAGUCACGCUACAGAAAUCUAAUGUCGAUGCCGCAGUGGCUCAAACUGUUAUCUUUGAUUUCUUGCUUGAUGAUGACAUUGAGGUAAAGAGAGAGUCUGUUGCCGCCGCUGCUGAUCCUGUGGCCAUGCCACCUAUUGACGAUGGAGAGCUGCCUCCAGGAAUGGUAAUUGGAACUCCUGUUUGUUGUAGUCUUGGAAUCCACCAACCACAACCACAAAUGCAGGCAUGGCCUGGAGCUUGGACCUCGGUGUCUGGUGAGGAGGAAGAAGCGCGUGGGAAAAAAGGAGGUGACGACGGAAACUAAUAAGUGGAAUACGUUUUAGGGUAUUUUCAAGGGAAUAUGUAGUAAAUAGUCAUGGAUCUAAUUUUUU